CAAUGAAGACUGGACUGCUGUUUCGUUUAUUCGUCAUAUUAUGUUUCUGCCCUACUGGGAGGACGAAAGGCAACUCAAUGUUAGGCCAUUUGCAAAAGCUUGGAUCACACAGGCCCCCAGAGGGAGCAGUUACCGAACUGGACUACAUUCCGUCGGCCAAAGAGUUUCACGAAAUGUAUUCAGCAGCGGGAGUACCCCUCUUAAUGAAAGGAGCUGCUAAGCAGUCGAAGGCGUAUCAACUAUGGACAGACGAAUAUCUCAUGUCUGAAUACGGAAAUGUCUCAGUAGAAGUGGAAGAAGGUAAAAAGGAGGAUCGAAACAAAGGUGUUGAUGAAAUACCAUUACGGGAGUACUUGUUGCAUUAUCAUGAUGAGGAUGCAUACGUUGUUGCCAGUAUACCCAAAACAAUGCAAAGUGAAGUAUUGGUCUUACCAUGCUUGACCUGUGGUGGAGCGGCAAAUCGGAUACUUGAUGCAGUCAUGUGGUUUAGCAGUGGUGGUACAAAGAGCGUCCUCCAUUUUGAUGGCGUGGAGAAUAUUAACUGUGUGUUGGAUGGCUGGAAAGAAGUCUUUCUCGUAGACAAGAAUGACAAAGAUUUUGUCAACAUUGAUCAUCCUGAUGGCUCGUAUUGUGGUGUAGACGUUGACAGUGUAGACAUGAAGAAAUACCCUGGACUAGGGGAAGUGCCAUGGUACAGUGCCAAGGUUGAAGCUGGUGACUGCCUGUUUAUUCCUUACAAGUGGUUUCAUCAAAUUCGUUCUUAUGGUAAUCGCAAUCUGGCAGUGAACAUCUGGUGGGAGCGAAUUCGAGAAUUCAACUACACAGAUUGUGAUUUACUUCUGCAGUCUCCAACAGAGUCUCAUUACCUCAGUGAAUACGACAUGACGUCAUCCUCCAAAUAUCAGCUUACAUUUGUUGAGCUGAUUCAUGGAAAGCCAACUACAAAGAAGGAAUUCAUAAGCAUUUUGAAAAAAGAGGCAUUGUUCCCUAGGCAAGAGUCAAUACCUACGAAACUGGCCAAUCUAUUUGAUUCAAAUCAAGAUGGAACGAUCCAUCCAGACGAGAUAACAAACGCGGACACAGAUCAACUGCAAGCAGUUUUAAACAGUGUAGAAGACGAGGAAUCGCAAGACGGCGAACUAAGUGAUGAAAAUCAUCACACAGAACUCUAACUCUAUACAUAACGUCAUGUACAGAAUGAAGUGCUAUUUACAGGGUAUACGUGUAAUACAUCCGUGUAGACUACA